CAAAUUUUCAAACAGUUGUCGCGUAAAAUAGGACAAACCAUUUCCUUUUCCCCCAUUUUGGUUUACUGUUGCAGAAACGAAGACAAAGCUCAAGAUCAAGAUAUUGAAAAUGAAAUUUUUAACCAUUUUGUUGUUGGUUUGUUUGAGUGGCUGCGAGGCCCACCCUCUAAGGGGGAAACGGUCGUAUCCGUGGCACAAUAUGAGAGACUUGGAAAAUGAUGAAAGUGAAUUUUUACCACUCGAGCCAACUAAGUAUUUUGAUGAUGAAAUCUGGAAGGAUUUGUUCAACCAAGAUGAAGCAUCAACCAUCACGACAGAAGCACCAACAUCUGAGACAAAUGCACCAGAGGAGACGACCGAGCAACCGAUGACAGAGACAGAAGCACCAAGCGUAGAAACAGAAGCACCAACAUCUGAGACAAAUGCACCAGAGGAGACGACCGAAAACCGACGACAGAGACAGAAGCACCAAGCGUAGAAACAGAAGCACCAACAUCUGAGACAAAUGCACCAGAGGAGACGACCGAGCAACCGACGACAGAGACAGAAGCACCAACAACAGAGACAAAUGCACCAGAGGAGACGACAGAGCCACCAAAGAUAAAGAGCAAUGCAGUUAGCGGAUACUGGGUAUUUCUUAAAGCUCAUUGGUCAGAGAACGUAAGGGGUAAAUUGAUCGCUGGUGAAGAGGUGCAGAUCGUCUACGAUAAAGCCAGGCUACCUUACAUCGAUAAAAGAUACGGUCAAAGAGCUUGGAAUAUUUUUGCUGAAUACAAGUUUAAUGACGAGCAUACCGUACAUCAAAAAAUGUUGGAUGGUCCAGAGAAGAUAAAAGAUCUUGAAAUUAUGACAACAAAUAUCUUCCUUCCCGUUGGAACGUCAAAAUUGACCAUUUGGUUCAAGUAUUCUGGUUAUUACCAAACAAAAUGGGACAGUGACUACGGUAGAAACUAUGUAGAGUCCGUCACGACUACCGCGACGAAAGUCUGAUAAAUUACAUUGAUUAAUCAUUCAUAUGCUUGCAUGCAACCGAAGUGGAGAAAAAAUGUAGACAACAUUUCGAACUAUUACAAUAAACGCAUUUUUUGACUUAAGCAUAAUUGGUGUAUAAUUAAUCAACUAUUUUCUUUUCUCAAUUCGCUUUCCAGUCAUGCCGUGCUGAGAACAGAUUAACUGUUUACUUUUGUGAACGACAACUGUGUUCAACACAAGCAUAAAACUCUUGUCAAUCCUUCAACAAACCAUUUGUUCUUUUCUUCAAUCCAAUCAAUCCACCAAACAGUGAGCGCAAAUUAAAAAUUUUGUAGGCGGACUUUAAAUAGACGUUAAUCAUAGUAUUGCAACAAACGAUUGCAAAUUACAGGUUGGGAUGAUACAUCCAUGCAAUUCUACAGAACCAUCAACUGCAUACCAUCAUUCGUUAUGAUGUACAGUUCAAUGCGCAAACUGAAACGCUAAAACCCCCUAUUCUGCAAACUGACAAAGAAAGUGAUGAAGCAUGAAACAUUGAGUAGUUAUUUUAAACCAUGGCUGGUAUACUGGCUCAAUACAUAAAUUAUUCUAAACACCACGAGCGGUAAAAAAUUGUACAACGUGAGAGAAUUGUAGUCCUCAGUUCUCGUGCGAGGGACGUCACAACCGUUAGUUUGCUUACGUCAUACAAAAGUGGUGAGAACGUCACAAUAGAAAAAAAUACUAAUUGGGAAUACAUAAAAAAAGUUUCGAGCGCUGAAAAUGAGCGAUAACUUCAGCAGUUUAGAUGGCUCGCAAAGAAUGGAUUUAAUGAAACAGACGAUGUCAAGUGACUUUGUAAAUGCAAGCAAUUUUCAACCCUUACUUCCACCACAGUACUUCACUCAACAAAUGUUCUUUCCGUACGUAAAUCCAUAUUCUCAUUUGACAGAAACGAGCGGAAACAUUCAGGGGUACGGAAGCGAUGGACGUCCCAAAUUCCGUCGUAGUAGAACGAUUUUUAAUGGCGAACAGCUGGAGAUUUUAGAGCACUAUUUUGUGAAACAAAAAUACCCUGAUGUCAAAUGUCGCAAGGUUAUUGCAGAUGAAGUCGGUCUGCCGGAGGAAAGAAUUCAAAUCUGGUUUCAAAACAGAAGAGCAAAAGAUAGAAGACAGUUAGAUCAAGAUGAAAAAGUACAAAAAAUAGUUCACGAGGUCAUUAGUACAACCUCAAUGGAUUGCACUCGCAAAACGGAAAAGAGAAAAAAUGGCGAGUCGAGCGAUCAAAAUUGCCAGAACAAAAUGGAUCAUCACACAGAAAGGGAAUGCGAAAUAAAAAGACAAAAACAAGGUGGCAGUAAUGGUGUGAUUUCCACGCAUCAUUUGCAAGAAAAUAAAAACAAUCCGCCAGAUUAUCUUAAUGAACAAGAGGAUACACAAAAAGCAAUCCAGAACAUAGACCAGGAACUCUUAUUUAACGUUGCACAAAUCCUAUCUUCUAGCAACAAUGCAACACAGCUUAUUUCAGAUUGGUCUCACUCUCCAUCAAAACUGAAAACCAGUAAUUUGGAAGAUCAACUCAGGCAUUUUGCCCAGUGUCAUCAAAAUGUUUUGGCUGAUAACUGCGCAACUAGUGCAAGUCACAAUAGCUGGGACCAAAGUCAGUAAAAAUAUUGUAAAAUAUACAUUUAAACCGUAGGAGACAAUUGCUGUAAUCGUUGUAUAUUAAAUUUAAAAAAAUCAAGUACUUUAACACAAAUUCAAACCCUGUACACAAAUGAGCAGGGAAAUAAUAAAAAUAAAAUACUGUUUACUCGAA